UCGGCGUUUAGUGGAAACGUUCACCGAUCAUCACUCUCUCCGUCCUAGCUCUCUGUUUUUUUUUUCAGGUACGCGGCAAAAUCUUCUAACCUCUUCUAUUUCUUCUCUUCUUGAAAUCUGAUUCGACCUAAUUUCAUCGUCUCCAAUCGUGUUCGAGGCAAGUAUUGAGAUCGGAGGAAUGGAUCAGUUCGCGGGAGGCAAUUGGUCGAUGAUCCCCAACGUUCAGGCGCAGGGUAGCUUCGGUACACCCACCAAUCAAGACCAUCUAUUCCUCCAGCAACAACAACAACAGCCACAACAGUUUCAUCAACAACAAACCCAGCAGCAGUUCCAGCCACAGCAACAGCAACAACAACAAGAGAUGCAGUUCCAGCAAUUCCAGCAACAACAACAGUUCAUUCAACAGCAGCAGUUCCAUCACCAGCAGCACCGUCUGCUACAUUCUCCUAUCCAGCAGCAGCAGCCGCAAUCGUCUUUGCAGUCCCCUCCGCCGCCGCAACAGACGAUGGUUCAUACUCCGCAAUCUAUGAUGCAUACACCGCAGCAGCAGCAGCAGUUGGUGCAUACUCCGCAGCAAUCGGUUCAGACUCCGCAGCAGCACCAGUCUUUAGCUUCUCAUUUCCAUCUCUAUCCUUUGGUGGAGAAACUAUCAGAUGCUGUUGAAACAGGAACACGAGAUCAGAACUCUGAUGCUCUGGUGAGUGAAUUGAACGGCCAUUUUGAUAAGUGCCAGCAGCUGUUGAAUUCGAUUUCAGGAUCCCUUGGAUCCAAAACUACUAUGACUGUUGACGGCCAAAAGAGGAAUCUAGAAGAAAGUGAGCAAUUACUUCAACAAAGAAGGGACUUGAUUAUGGAAUAUAGAAAAUCUAUUGAAGACCUUGUCAAGAUUGAGCCUUAGUUCCAGAUCUCUCGCUUAGAUGUGGUGUAUCUUUAUUUACGUCUACUCUACACUUGUAGCUUUCUAAUAAAAGACCAAGAUUUGUAAUCAGUGAACCACUUUUUAAUUCAAAGAAUAAUAAUGGAAAUGUUUUUUUUUUCUU